UGGUGAGAUUAUGAAUGAAGCGCAUAAUGAUAGAGCAUAUAAUAUAAAUCAUACUCAAAAACCACCAAAUUUUGGAUGUACAAGUAAAAAUGAUGCCGUCUUAUAUCAAGAUGAAAUUCCUGCUGUUUUGUAUGAACAAUCAUUUGGGCCCACAGAAUUCGUACUAAAACACCAACUAGAGGAUUUUGCCAAGCUGGCACACAAUGGAGUUGAUGACUUGAAUUUUCAUUUUAAACAAAAUGGCAAUUGUACAACUACUACAGCAAAAAAAUUUAAAUCUAUUGGGAUUCAUGGUUAUAAAUUUAUGAAGUAUUCAGUUGUAAAAUUCCAAUAUCAUAUUCAGAACAAUUCAGAACAAUGGCAACUAGUUAACAUUGCAAAGCUUGGUGCACUUCUAGAG